AUGGCUUCCAGAUCGGCUAGGAGGCAGGAUCGCUGGUACUAUUUUGCAUACGGUAGUAAUAUGAGCCUAAAGCAGAUGGCAGAACGGUGCCCGUCGUCUCUAUUCAUGGGAAAGGGCAGAAUUGAUGGAUACAGGUGGCAGAUCAACCAGCGUGGUGUUGCAAAUGUUGUCGAAUGCUUGAGAGAUUAUGUCGAAGGUCUUGUUUACCAAAUCGACGCCAAGGACAAACGACAACUAGACCGCAGCGAAGGCGUAGCGCUGGGGUUUUACAACGAUGAGCAUCUACACACUCAGUUCUUGCCCCUACCAAACUGCGGGAUCAAGACCUUCCAUGUUGCAAAGGAACUUAAGAUGGACGAUCGUCCUGAUCUCAAAGAACCAGUGCACCAACCAUCCGCUCCAGGACCCAAGAGGAGCAACGUGUCGGAGUCCACUUUUGUUGAUCAAAACCCGCCGCACCAACCAGCAUCGAGGCAUCCGAGACAUGAGAAUUUAGAGAUGGUUGAGGCUCUUGUCUAUGUUAGCCGCGAGUACAAGGACGACGGAUUAAUCAGAUCAGAAUAUAUUACACGCAUGGAGAAGGCGAUCAUCGAUGGACGGAAGAUGGGAUUGUCGGAUCAAUUCUUGAAUCACGUCGACCGUACCAUUCAUCGGGAGCUGCCACGUCUGAAUAACGAUAGCUUCCGAACAAGCUACGAUCCUUAUGCGAGAAUGGAAAUUGGUGGCACAAGCCACCAACCGUACGGGAUCUUGGAAAGCACUCGAGCAAGAGAGGAACAGGACGAACGAGUGUCGACAAUUCGGCCCAGCUAUCCAAGAUAUGCAGAUGGAAGACCCUAUCGACCGACUUACGAUACUGGAAGACAGUCAGAGACUCUAGAAUGGGGCAGGGGCAGGUCUCCGACGAGAUUAAUGCAGAGUCGAGGCUGGGACGAACGUGGCUUUUCAGGAUCAACGACGCUUAUCAAUUCGCGUUACCAUGUUGGAGGUUAUCCUGAGCAGGUUUUUGAGUACCGCCGACGCGGUAGCUCGACUCCGUACUAG